AAAUAUUUCGAUGAAAUGCAAGUAUGAAUGUGAUUUGACUGUGAAAAAAACGAUGAUGUCCAGUUGUUAAAGGCGAAAGUUCUCAUCAGUUACACACGCUUCUUCAAUAACCAUAUCAGAUAGAGCUGACAGUUAAGCCAUGACGAGUAUGGAAGACAGCCGCCCUCUGACAAUGGAGCAUCUACUGAAGGAGGCAAUGUUAUUACACAGAAAUACGGUCAAAGAACUCACUGACACAAAGGAAAAAUAUGACAAAGUUCAGCUCUCCAAAAAAAGUCUGUUGGACAAAGCUAAAGUUGUACAGAGGGAAUGUCACCUGCUGAAACAAGAGAACAAACACUUAAAGGAAGUGAAGGAGACAUUGAAAGGCAGAUCUGAUGAAAUCGGGUGUAAGAUGUGUCACUAUCUGCAGCAAUCCAUGGAGGCCCUGAAGGACGCUUACACUAAAACCAUGGAGGAGAAAGACAGGACUAUACGUAUGCUGGAAGAGAGGCUGGCAGAGAAAAGUCAAGCGUGUAAUAAAAGUUGGAACAGUGAUGGAGGGAAGGAAGAGUCCAUUGUCAGUAGAGGGGUGGCUGGAGGAUGCAAAGGGACCAGUCCAGACACGACCAGUGACCGGGGGGAUAGGAAGUCUGUCAGCCCAGACAAGGGGGAGGAACUACACACAAAUUUUCAAGGAAAAAAAAGUGCGAAUGCUGAAAUCAGUCCUGGCACACAUCCGGACUCAGAAGAUGUCAGUCCUGGGUCGAGGCGUAACAAUUUGAAAUUGUUCAAAAGUCGCCAUAAAAGAAACCGUUAUGCAGAGACUCCUUUAUCAGGUGGUCCAGUCAAGAGUAAUGGCAGGCUCAAAACUGGAGGACCAAUCAGAUCACGUGUUGGAGAGAGUAACACUGAGGUCAGCCAAUCAGACAGCUGCAACCCAAGGUCACAUGUUACAAAGGAAAGGUCAAACAGGGCAAGGGAAAAGGAACAGUUGGGAAAUCUGUUUUUAUUGGAUACAGACAAGUUGGACAGUAGUGAAGAUUCACCACAAAAGUCUGCAAAAAGACCUCGUAUUUUGGAGGGUGAUGGGAGCUUUGUAUUGGAAUUAGACAGCCCUGUAAAAAUCCACCCCAGUUGUAAACUUCUGAGAAAAGUGACUUUACGACCAAACAUUAUUGUUCCAGACACUAUGGCAGUGGAUUACUAUGAUGAUGUUGAUGGCAGUGAAGAUAAUGCUGAUGUGAAAAUUGAUGAAGGGAAGAAUCUGGGGAGUGUAUCUCGUGGAUUUGAGGAUAACACGGAACAGAUUUAUCUGGGGCCUCCCACUGCCAGUAGUACACAGGUUAUCAAACCAGUUACAACGACGGCGAACAAAGUGCAGUCGUCAUGUAAAGGUGAUGCACCAGAGGACAUGUCUUCAGACAUGGAUACCACUGUCAUUGACCGAUUUCAACCAGACCAGAAGAGUAAGAAAUUAUCGCUCGAUGUCACGAAUGCAAACAACAACAGCUUAAAUUUGGAUGAAGAUAAUUUGCCUUUAUCCCCUGUUUUCAUUGGUGUGAAGCAAACUCACCUGAAGCCAACAAGUUUCAAAUCGCCGAGUUUGUUUGAUGACGACAAAAUGGCUGAGCAUGAAAAAGAGAAUGCGUCUUUCCUGGUGGACUCAGAGUCGCCGUUCCUCCUCCGUCAGCUCCCAACCUCGGGUCAAAGGUCAAAUAUACCCGAGGACUGGUCAGAUGGAGAGAGCCAGUCACCAUCUCUGUUACAUCGCAGAGAUGUAGAGAAGAGUACAGAGACAUCUAAACAAUCAGAGACGUUGUCUCAGAAUUCUUUGAGAAGGUCGAACCGUAAAAUGAAAAGUAAAAAAAAUGCUCCGGAAUUCAGACAGACAACGUUGACACAGUCUUUUGAUUGGUCGACAAAAACCAGCAAAAGUCCAGAGUUACAAGAAAUUCAGAACUUAGAAUUGCAUCUGUCGCCACCAAGCCUGGUGAAGCAAAAGAAGAAUGGUAAGGCUGGUGAUACUGGUCGCAAGAAGGACGAUUCGGAAAACUGCCGGUCUGUGUCAGAAUUUAAAAUACCUGUUUCCCCGUCAGGAAAGCUUUUAAAGACACGAUCUCUCCCCAAAAAGAAACCAUAUUCUCAAACCGGUCAUACCACAACGUCAUCAUCCAGAGGAUGUCUUCCUGAAUUUGACCCUGAUGAAACUGUCCCUCCUGAAAUGCUACAAAUGAGUUUACGGGACUUACCAAAGGGAGACAACUCCUCACAAUGCCAGUUGAACUUGCCAACAUGCUCUCUGGCUGAGAACCACAAUGCUAGUAUAGAUCCCGCAGUGCAGCUAUCUGUCGAUUACCCAGACACCCUGGUUAACACAGAGGAUCCGCGAUCCCCUCCGUGUGUAAAGAGAGGAAACAAAACCGAAUCACUCAAAGGAAAGACUUUGGAGGAGGAAUCUCAGCUUUUGCCAUCCUCCUCUAAAAGUUUCAAGUUUUUUCCGGGUCGUCCAUCUUCCAAGUUGCCAUUAGAUGAGUCUCCCGAAGGUGACGCUUCUGAUGAGGCUCCCAAAGGUGACCCUUCUGAUGACGCUCCAGAAACUGGGGUGUCACACAGUAAUCUGGAAUCUGGUGAGAGGAGAGAGAAAGGUACACAGGAGAUGUCACUCAACUGUAGCUAUGACAGAGUUCCAAGAAAGAAAAGCCUAGGCUUUGCUUAUGUGGAUGUUGUGAGGAAGAGAGAUGAGAGACAAAAGCUGAAGGGGUAUUUCUGUCAGGAAUGUGAGGAUUAUUUCAAAGACGUUGGGUUAUCAGAAGAGGAGAGAGCACAGAGAAUGCAGAAAUGUUCCCGACACCGCGCUCGUUAUGUUCCGCCCAGCACCCCAGAGCAUUUCUGGUCCAUUGGAUUUCCUGACACACCUGAGUGUGAAGAGAGAGGCUACAUCAAAAAGGAUUCCCAGAAAGGCCCUUCUCGAUUCCGACGGAAGAAGCGUCUAGAAAAGAGAUUCAAGGGAAAAACAGAAGGGGAGGAAGAUGAAAUCAGUGGAGACCAGAAGGCUGAAGACUUAAACAGUUCUAAUCUCAUUUUUGAUUGAGUGUUUUCUUUGAAGCAUAAAUCACAAUUAUAAUGAAAUGAGAUGUAACAGAAAUGAAGACUUGUGAUUUUGUAAGUGGCAGCAAGGGGAGAUAACGAC